UCCGAUUCUUAAUUAUCUAACGCUCCAGAACGCCUCAUUUGCUCUUAUAUAUAAUCAUCUUAUUUUAAUGUUCUCUCCUUCCGCUGAGGCACUCUCUGCUAGGGUUUUCCAGGGUCUCUGGGCUCUCCUGUUGCACCUACAAAGAUGGUCCUCCAAAAUGAUAUUGACUUGUUGAACCCACCGGCAGAGCUCGAGAAGAGGAAGCACAAGCUCAAACGUCUUGUUCAGUCACCUAACUCCUUCUUCAUGGAUGUAAAAUGUCAAGGUUGCUUUAACAUAACCACAGUUUUUAGCCACUCUCAAACUGUUGUGGUGUGUGGCAACUGCCAGACAGUUUUGUGCCAGCCUACCGGUGGCCAUGCUAGACUCACUGAAGGAUGCUCAUUUAGGAGAAAGGGUGAUUGAGUUGUACUCAAAGGUGCAACAAUUUCAACAUCUUUUUGUUUCGGAUAUCAUGUAUUAAUUUUGGUUGAACUUUUGAUGAUGGCUCGACAGUCGGGUGCUCUUUUGUCUUAAAUUUUGAUAUACUUGGUGUAGUGGAUUUUUUCAUGCUUGAAAGAUUAUAUUUUCACCAUUUUUAAAGUUGCGAUCAUUAAUGUUUUCA